AUAACUGCAUCUUAUACCAUUACUUCCAUGUCUACCUCUACAUCCCUUGCAUCCCACCUUUCUUCGCUGUCUACACCCCGCCCUUAUUCUGCAGCCACAGAACAUGCAUUCCUCACGGCUGCAGGUGAUCUUUCUCUUCCUCGCUCCAGAUUGGCCCUCUGGCUUGCUCAGGACAGGAUUUACGCUGCACACGCCUACCCGCGAUUCAUUGGCCUCCUAAUCGCAAAAAUACCCUUUGAUUCUGCCGCCCAUGUAGGCGCUGGAGACAAAAUAGAAGGACAAAAUCGUCAUAUCCUCAAGCUCCUCGUCGCAUCGCUCGAAAAUGUUGUGCGCGAAGUUGGCUUCUUCGAUGACAUUGCUAAGCAAUGGAACCUUGAGAUAGGAACAGUGGGAGGUGAAGGGCGAGUCUGGGUGGAGCGUAAGGCGACUAGGGAUUACACGGCUGAGAUGGCUCGCGUUGCCUCCCUUGGCUCACUCGAAGACGGCUUAGUAUUUCUGUGGGCAAUGGAAAGGGCAUAUCUAGAUGCAUGGCGUUAUGUUAAAUCGCAGCUUUCUUUGAGCUCAACGUCUGAAACGACUGAUGGACAAACAGCGGGUGCUAUAAGGGCACUGACCAACAACUGGACGACGCCUGACUUUGUCGACUUUGUAGACGAGCUUGCAAAGGUCAUGGAUGCAUGUUUCGUUGGUCUAUCGGGGGAUUCAAGAAACGAGGCUUGGGCACGGGCAGAGGAAAUAUGGGCUCGCGUUGUGGAGUUGGAGGAAGCAUUCUGGCCUGAAGAGGGGGAGGAAACCUCAGCGCGCAUCGCACCUUGAUAGGGGCGAAAUCUUGGGCAGUCUCAAAAAUUCUUCUAGUUCAUUGCGCUAUGUUUUUUUGGAGGUGGGCUAGAAGGAAAUUAAAACAAUGUUGUUAUCGUCGCUUUCAGGUAUAGUGCAGGAUAAAAUCGCUUAUGAGAAUCUGUAUAAUACAUUCCUCAGUCACUGUAUCAUUGAAUUCAACCACAACGCUUUGUGAAACCGCUGAAGUCGUCUCCGAGAUAUUAGUCUCCUCGCUACCAACGAAAUUACGAAUCCGUGUAGCUAUCGCAGUAAACAUGAAUGUGUGUUCUGUGAGGUUUCCCUAAGAAGUUCCCAUUUUGGUGCGUCAUUUUGUUGAUCGGCGUCGAUCGCUCGGGAAUAUUAUGACAUUUCUGUGACAUCACUGAAUCUAUCCUCUGCGAUCGCAGCUUUAUAAGUGGCUGCUCAACAAGAUACUUCAAGAGUUUAGCCACUACUUCCUGCCUACAAAUUAUUGCCACUAUGUCAGAUCCCAUCACAAAAAAUGUACACAACAAAAGAUUUGCGAGCAGUGUUAUGGCAGGUAUGACAGUCACGGCGGUACUGCUGUAUUUUAUGAAUAGCAACAAGACGAAAGCGGCAAAUCAAGAAUAUGGACCGGUAGGACCUCAUCGAAAAGACAGAAAAGGCGCGGAUCAGCCAACGAAGCUUCCUGCACAAUCUGGAGGCUUGCGAGGAUGAGUUUACGCUUAUAUUCAUAGAAGAGUGCUCCGGGUAUCUGGUAGUGUGGUUAGAUACAAGCAUGACAUCACGAUGAUGUCACUUUGAAAAUACGGCGCAGUCAGUGUAUGAUGUAGACAGCGGUCAUAAUCUCAUUUAUUUUUCCAUCGAGUUUUCCACU